CUAAGCGCUACGUAUCAUUCGCUCAACCGCUGUGCAACUGUUGGGAUCUGCCGAACGCGCCCAUUGAAAAGAACACUUUAAUGUACACUGCUUGCACUAGUGCAGCCAGUGCAAAAGAAAAGAACUAACCUAAUAAUAACGAUAAAGCGCACGAAAUGUAUCCCGCGAAUCACAAGACUGUAUUCGUAUUGGAUCAUACUCCUUACUUUGGAAUCUCUACCGAAUGUCCGUUGGAGUUUGACUUUCUAAAAAGCAGGGGCCAGAAUUUGAUUCCGUUAGCACCGAUUUGUAAAUCGCUAUGGACUACCAGCGUUGAAGCUUCGUUGGAAUACUGUCGUAUUGUAUGGGAUCUGUUUCCCAUAGGCAAAUUGAUUAGAUUUGUGGUAACAGACCGUGCUGCUUAUGUAUUAAACUCAUGGAGUCCGUCACAACAGAAUUUAAAUCAUAUAAUGAAUGGGACCGCAAUCUUGGGAGUGCCAACAAAGACACCAGAACCUGGAGAAGAUUAUUCAGUGGUACAUGGCUUACGUGUAGCAAUUGGCACUCUAAAUGAAUGUUCUGAUAUACAGCAUGAGAAAAGAACAUCUUUAAAUGAGAACACUACUAAUCUAAUAAACAGAGGCAGAGUUAUAUGUAUCACAAGUGCACGUGACGAUAGUAAUAUGAAGAGCUUGGAGAACAUAUUCCUAAAUGAAUUGGCACAGGAGAAUAAGACUGCAUUAGCUUCAGAUCACUUGAUACCCAUUGAUUACUGUCAUCUGGUUAUAUUAAAUAUAUUUCCCAACAAUAUUGAGCCACAAGUCACUAGUCAAGGUCCACGAGAGAUCUCACCAUUGCUAACGGUAGAAGUGCAUUCAAUCAAAGCUUCAGCGCUUUACUCCAAGUUAUCACAUCUUAUUCUAUCACAUUAUGACCUUGCCAGUACUACAGUAACUGGUAUACCCAUGAAGGAAGAACAAAAUGCCAGCUCAUCAGCCAACUACGACGUUGAAAUAUUCCAUUCUUCUGCUGCGCACGCUGUGAUAUUAAGAGGAAAUCCGCAAGAUUCGGCGUUGAUAAAGACUUUUAGACGUUUCGAGGAAGGCUCAGAAUAUGAGACUGUGACGCUCAAGUGGUGCACACCGCGUGGUUGUAGCGCAUCGGAGAUGCAGAAUUGCACAGCGAUGUAUCGGAUUACACCUGUGGACGUCAAUAGCAGGCCAUCUUCGUGUUUAAUUAAUUUUCUUCUAAAUGGCAGAUCAGUGAUGCUUGAAAUGGCCAGGAAGACUGGUGGGAAGACUAUAUCUCAUUUGUUAGCAGCACACGGUGGCGAAAUUUUCAUUCACACUCUGUCCACUGCUAGGAGUGUUCUCGAAGAUCCACCUUCUAUAAGUGAGGGUUGUGGUGGCCGUGUGACUGAUUACAGAAUAACCGAUUUCGGCAAUCUCAUGCGAAGCAACAUGCUAGUACCACUAAAACGCUCUUCCACUGAAAAUACGGAUGGUCCGGUGGAAAAGAUGAGAUCCAGACUAGAACGCUAUACCAAAUAUUGGCCUAUCGCUAUUUCCAGCACAAUCAUGUUAAACAUAAAACAGCAGUACGUAGAUCCUCUACCGGAGUUUAUGGUGAAGGAGAAGCUCACUGCGGAAGAGGUGCUGCAGUGUAAGCAAGUGUUAUUUAGUUUGCUACAAUUGGAAGCGAAGCAUGAGCCAUUACCUUUGCCGAGCAUUGGUCGUGGUGGAAAGGGCAUGAAAAGAGAAGAACACUAUCGCCUGUUAUGGGAAGAGAUGGAAACUUUCUUGAAACAUCACGCGAAUAAUUCGACCGCACAUAUGGAAGUACUCGAAUGCCUACUGGAUAUUAGAAGUAAAGACGAUAAAAAUAAAGUGGAGUUGGACCAAGCCCUGCGAGAACUCGACGGUUUUGGAAAAGAAGAUGGAGUCGCAGGGCGAGUAAAUGUGAUCAGAGCGACGACGGACUCGCCAAUGUCACCGCCGGCGAGCACGAUGCCCUUGAAGCUAUCGCACAAAGGCAAGAGCUUAUUGGACAUCUGGCUGGAGCGUAGCGCGCCGAAGAAUCCGAGGAUGGAAUUUAACGGCAGACUCAACAGCGACGGUCUCAAAGCAAAGUUGUAUCGUAAUCUGAAAGAAACCGGCAGAGAACCCAGGGAACCCAUCCUGGAGGCUUAAUUUCCCAACGGGGAGAAAUGUCUAGCUAAGUGACGAAAUGAUAUAUCAUACGCAACGUACGCAUUGUAAAUAUAAACAAUUUUCCAUCGGCGAUACUUGCGGAUUGAACCAGGACUGUUAAUUAAAAUCGUUGUAUAUAGGACACACUCGGUCAACUAAUAUUUACAUUGAAACGAACAUCUCGCGAUACGACAAACACGUACGCUUCUACUUUUCUCACCUUACUACGUAAAAUAUUUAUGUAAAAUAUUUACAUUUUCUAGUUUAUAAUACACCUUUUAUAACAAAAUUAUAAGUACAAAUAUUUCAUGAUGGUCCUAAUUUUGUGAUAAAGGAUAUAAAUUUGCAAGAUCAUGUAGUCUUUCAUGUUCUAUGUAAAGAAAAUUUUCAGAAAUUGACUAGAACGAAAAUUUUCAGAAAUUUAACCAGAACGAAGAAUUGUUUUUAGUUUCGUUUCGAAAGUGCAAAAGAGAAAUUUGGAGAUACAAUUAUUCGAUUCGAAUCAGUAUCAAUAUGAGCCACCUCGAUGUCGAGGCGAAAGCACAUCUGCGUGUAAAAAUACAUGGGACGAAAGCAUGGAA